UUUACACAACUGUUCUGAAAAGCAAAAGCUUUUAUCUUAAAAAAAAAAAAAAAAAACUAACAGUGGAUGAUAAAGGGUUUGUUGGACAUUAAUCAAACGAGUUGGGAGAUCUAACGUAGUAAGGAAACUAUGGCAACCUUCCAGGAGUUCAUUCAGCAGAAUGAGGACCGGGAUGGGGUUCGGUUUAGCUGGAAUGUUUGGCCGUCAAGCCGCUUGGAAGCCACGAGAAUGGUGGUCCCCGUGUCGACCCUGUUCACACCAUUAAAGGAACGGCCUGAUUUACCACCCAUUCAAUAUGAACCAGUCCUGUGUAGCAGGGCGACUUGCAGAGCAGUUUUAAAUCCCUUAUGUCAAGUGGAUUAUAAAGCAAAGCUGUGGGCUUGUAAUUUCUGUUAUCAGAGAAAUCAGUUUCCACCUACGUACGCUGGGAUUUCAGAGAUGAACCAGCCAGCUGAGCUUCUUCCUCAGUUUUCCACAAUUGAAUAUGUAGUACAGCGUGGCCCUCAGAUGCCUUUAAUUUUUCUGUAUGUUGUUGAUACCUGUAUGGAAGAUGAGGAUUUACAGGCACUCAAAGAGUCUUUGCAGAUGUCCCUCAGUCUUCUACCCCCGACUGCUUUGGUGGGACUUAUUACCUUUGGAAGAAUGGUACAGGUCCAUGAACUAGGUUGUGAAGGAAUUUCUAAGAGUUACGUUUUCAGAGGAACAAAAGAUCUAAGUGCUAAACAACUCCAGGAAAUGCUGGGCUUGACUAAACCAGCUUCAACACAGGCAGGUCGAGGACCUCAGGUUCAACAGCCACCCCCCUCCAACAGAUUUUUGCAGCCUGUGCAAAAAAUUGACAUGAAUUUAACAGACCUUUUGGGAGAGCUGCAGCGCGAUCCAUGGCCAGUAACACAAGGCAAAAGACCCUUGCGAUCUUUAGGGGUCGCUCUUUCCAUUGCUGUUGGCUUGCUGGAGUGUACAUUCCCCAACACCGGAGCUCGCAUCAUGACCUUCAUAGGAGGACCAGCCACUCAGGGACCUGGAAUGGUUGUUGGUGAUGAACUGAAAACGCCCAUACGGUCCUGGCAUGACAUUGAAAAAGAUAAUGCAAAGUUCAUGAAGAAAGGAACAAAGCACUAUGAGUCACUGGCCAGUCGAGCCUCUACAAGUGGACAUAUAAUUGACAUCUAUGCUUGUGCACUGGAUCAAACUGGGCUACUUGAGAUGAAAUGCUGUUCCAAUCACACAGGGGGCUAUAUGGUAAUGGCAGACUCCUUUAACACAUCUUUGUUCAAGCAAACGUUUCAGAGAGUUUUUACCAAAGAUGUUCAGGGCGUUUUUAAAAUGGCUUUUGGAGGCACAUUGGAAAUAAAGACUUCAAGGGAAAUCAAGAUUUCUGGAGCAAUUGGCCCCUGUGUGUCACUCGGUGCCAAAGGACCCUGUGUAUCAGAAAAUGAGAUAGGAACAGGUGGCACUUGCCAGUGGAAGAUCUGUGGUCUUGAUCACAACUCAACCCUGGCAAUAUAUUUUGAGGUGGUGAACCAGCAUAACGCACCAAUACCUCAGGGUGGACGUGGUGCUGUCCAGUUCGUGACUCAGUAUCAACAUUCCAGUGGACAAAGACGCAUUCGAGUCACCACAAUUGCAAGAAAUUGGGCAGAUGCACAGACACAGAUACAGAGCAUUGCUGCAUCAUUUGAUCAGGAAGCCUCUGCCAUCCUUAUGGCCAGACUGGCAGUUUACAGAGCUGAGACAGAAGAAGGACCAGAUGUGUUGCGCUGGUUAGACAGGCAGCUUAUUCGGCUGUGCCAGAAAUUUGGAGAUUACCAUAAGGACGAUCCCACUUCCUUUAGAUUCUCAGAAACGUUCUCACUUUAUCCCCAGUUCAUGUUUCAUCUGAGAAGAUCACCAUUUUUGCAAGUUUUUAAUAACAGUCCUGACGAGAGCUCAUAUUAUCGACAUCAGUUUAUGCGGCAAGACCUCACACAGUCACUCAUCAUGAUCCAGCCUAUCCUGUAUGCCUAUUCUUUCAGUGGACCUCCAGAGCCGGUUCUUUUAGACAGCAGCAGCAUUCUGCCGGAUCGCAUUCUGCUGAUGGACACGUUCUUUCAAAUCCUUAUAUACCAUGGAGAGACUAUCGCCCAAUGGCGCAAGGCUGGAUAUCAAGAGAUGACAGAAUAUGAAAACUUCCGACACCUGCUUCAAGCUCCAGUCGAUGAUGCUCAAGAGAUUCUUCAUAGUCGUUUCCCAAUGCCCAGAUAUAUAGACACUGAGCAUGGAGGCAGCCAGGCUAGAUUUCUUUUAUCUAAAGUAAACCCUUCUCAGACACACAACAACAUGUAUGCAUGGGGCCAGGAAUCUGGAGCACCAAUCCUUACUGAUGAUGUCAGCUUGCAGGUGUUUAUGGAUCAUUUAAAGAAACUUGCUGUUUCCAGUGCCGCUUAAGCCCAGCUUGUUAAUAAGGUGAUAGACGUAGAUGACUUGAUGCUUCAUGUUAUCUCUGUUGCAUUGGGUUAUAGAAAGCCAAUACAGUAUGGUUUAUGCAGAAAAUAAACUUUUGAUGGAAACACUACUGUUGGCUAAAUAGUUUUUACCAUGCAUAUUCAAAUAAACUACAGCUUGUACUACAGCUGAUAAAAUGUGAAAAAUUUUAGUUUUCUUUUAUUGUGAGAUAAAUAUAAUACGAGAUGAAAGACGGGCAACUUACCUGUGACCCGCCACAGAUUUUCUUUACUUUCCCUUCCGUUUAGUCAAUGUACUUUAUUGAAUGACUUGAUUCUUUAUGAAAAGUCACUCUUAUAAACAUUGGAAUACAGGCAUGACAGGGUACGUGACAAAAAACAUGUUAUAUUGGACCUGGCCAAUGUAAGUGAGGGGUGUUUUGGGUACAGUCACAACAGGCUUCUGUUGUUUACAUGUAUAUGCCUGUUCUCUGUAUUGGCUCUUUUAAACAAGAGGGAUUUAAGUACAGAUUACCCUGUGUCUAGCUAUUAAUUACUGUUGUUUUUAAAUGCAUGUUUUCAAAGCUUUUCAUCGAAUUUGUAUUUGUAAACAGUAAUGCAGUUGAAUUUGCUCAUAAUACCAAAAAUAAACUGAAGGUGAUGAUUAUCAUUUUGUGGAUGAAUAAAACGGCAGGAAAGAUUAAGUGUAACCAGAAGAACAUUUAUCAGAAAAUGCUGGUGUUCCUUAUUUUUGCUACUUUAUAGUAAAUUGCAAUUUCCAAAGUGAAAUGUGAAAUUUCUUGUCAAUGUAAAACUGCCUAUCCAUAUUGCUUAUAUUACUAUCAGAGGAUGUACCGCCCUGAACAAUCAAACACUAAUGUUUAGAGUAGGGUUUUGAAGGCCUUCCUUUCUUCAGUUAGAUUUUUUUAAUGAAUUGAAUGCCUUGUUUGUAAACAGUAUUGCAUAUUUAAUAUUUCUAAUAAACCUGAUCCUUUAUA